GCUCAUGAUUAUUCCAAGUGCAUUCUGAAAUUUCGGAAAUGCUGAAGACAUCUUGCAUUUUUGCUCUGGUGGCUUUAAGCCUCUUUCAAAUUUCAAUUGCCAUUCCUACCAUAGAGGCAGAACCAAUCCAAAAUGCUAUUCCAACAACCUUCGAAAUCAGUCAAAGAGGUAUUGUCUCAGAUGUUUUGCAGGAGUUGGUAUACAAUUUGGACGUUUUAGUUACCGAAGUUUUUGAUAAUGUAGCUAAAGUAACUACAGACAUAACCACUGGCCUCGGUAAAGUUUUAGUUGCACUAACCAAAGAAAUAGAAGCUGUUACAAAAGGAACCUUGAAUUUGAUAAGUGAAGCAAUUAGAAUAAAGUCCGAACUUUUGCUUAGAUUUAGAGAUGCAUUGAUGAGACCAGCCUUGUCUAAAGCAAAGCUUUCCUUGGAACGACUUGAAAAGGCUGUUUCAAUGGCUAUUGAUGAUGCUAGACUUAAAUUUGAAAAUGCCAUCCAAGAAAUGAAUGACGACGCAGUAGGCAUUCUUAAUUCCAUCACUGAAAAAAUCCAAGAGGAAACCGAGGAGAUCAAAACAAAUAUUGGAGGAUUACUAUUACAACAAAUGUUCGAUGAUUCUGCCCGUCAAUGCUUGAGGGAUCAAUUGGCUGCAGUUAAAGUUUUGGCCAAUUCAACAAUCAACGAUGCAAAUUCAUGUAUUCGUCGUCAAUUAUUUGGAGCUAAUGAUUUAAGUGAUAAUCUUGGUGCAAUAUUUGAUGAAGCUUUCGAAGGUGUUCAAGAAUUAGUUGAUGAGCUAAAUGAUUGUACUGAUAAAUUGCCUGCAAGAAUGAGUUUCAGGGAACGAAAAGAAUCGGCCAAAUGCAUGCAAAAGGUUGCAUUAAAUAUACAACUAGCAGCAGCCAGAGUUUCAACUGAUGUUGGCAUUAAAGUAGGAGAAGCCCUCAGGAAUGUCGUGGAACUUCGUUUAGAUUUGGGAAAAUGUUCUUCAGACAAUUUGAAUAAAUGGGAAUCCAGAUUGGAAGAAAUUAAUGAUGUUGUGGAAAAUUGCAUCGUGUGAAAUUGUAACUUGAAAUAAUUUUUCUUAACUAUUAGUUUUAUAGAUGAACAAAUACAUAAUCUAAUAAACCAGCAAGUGAACUUU